AUGCAGUCCAUCUGGUCAAUCUUGUGGUUAUGGACAACCCUCGCCGCUGCGCUCCCUGCGAAAUUCCCAACCACCAUCAACGGUAACGAGAUUUCGCAAUCGCUCUUUGAAUCCCUCGAAGAACUCGCUCGCAUCGUCGACAUAUCCUACUGCGUCGGCACCAGUGGCAUUCGCAGACCCUUCAAAUGCCUGUCCCGGUGUAGCGAUUUUGAGGGUUUCGAACUCAUCACCGCCUGGAAUACGGGCCCACUGCUGUCGGAUUCGUCGGGGUACAUUGCGUUGAGCCAUGCGCCAUUUGAGAAGAGAGUCAUUGUUGCAUUCCGGGGGACAUAUUCCAUCGCCAAUACGAUUGCCGAUCUGAGCACGAAUCCGGCGGAAUAUGCGCCCUUCCCUGCCGAUAGUAACAACGACAGUGUCUGUACGAGUGUUGCAGGGGCCGAUGACGAGCCGGCUGGGGGCGGUGGCUACCAGAAUAUCAAAGAACCGCUACUGCCGCAAUUGCUCCAGCAACAACCGAACAAGGAGAAGAGGACCGUACUUGAGCCGCCCGAAUGUCCCAACUGCACAGUCCACUCCGGUUUCAUGACCUCCUGGCGCAAUACACGCUGUAUAGUCGUCCCGCACGUGGAAAAGGCACUGCGAGACAAUCCUGGCUAUAAACUGGUCUUGGUAGGCCAUUCGCUCGGCGGAGCCGUGGCAGCCCUAGCGUCACUUGAAAUGCAAGCUCGGGGCUGGGAUCCCCACGUAACCACCUUCGGCGAACCGCGCAUAGGCAAUCUAGCCCUCAAUCGAUUCAUCGACAAGCGCUUCAACUUGGACUCUACAAACCCGGAAACACUGAAGUAUAGGAGAGUAACGCACGUCGACGACCCAGUGCCCCUGUUGCCCCUCGAGGAAUGGGGCUACAGGAUGCACGCGGGCGAGAUUUUCAUCUCGAAACCUUCUCUCCCACCGGGGCGGGCAGACGUCAAGCAUUGCGCGGGCGACGAAGAUCCCUCAUGCAUUAAUGACGCCCCUAGUGCUGCCACCAGCCAUGUCCUCGACUCCAAUGGCACUGACGACACCGACCAGGGCGCCCACGCGGGCAUCCAACAAAUGUGGGAACUCGGCCGGCGAUAUAAGCUCUGGGAGCUUUUCUUCGCGCAUAGGGACUAUUUCUGGAGGCUGGGCCUCUGUGUGCCUGGCGGUGAUCCUUGGGAUUGGAGCCGUGGGAAAUACAACGUCACUGGAAGGGAAUUUGAGGAUCCAUCACCGGACGACUUAUAA